GUAGUAGUGUAUGCAAGAGAAGCAAUACAUUCACUGUGUACAUAUACACAACACAGAGGUAGUGCCGGCACCCAACCUUAAAACAAAUAUAAAUAAAACGUCAUGCGCAUCCGAGAUUGGACUACCGCAUGCCUCUAUAUCUCGGGAGUGGUCUGCGUGCAUGCAACAGCGGCAGAUGCAUCGGAAGGGUUUCAGUAUGAACGUCACUUCUCGACUAAGACGCCCUACUUCUACAACGGCUUUGAUAGCGAGCGAUACCUCAACCAGUGCAAAGACAUACACCUGCAAGGCGUAGUCAGGCACGGCGCACGCAAUCCUGGCCCAAAAGAUGUCGAACUGAUGAGCUCACUACAGGAGUUAGUAGAAGCCAAUAUCAACCGAAUUUCUACUAAAUCGGAACUCGAAUGGAUGAAGAGCUGGAAAAGCAGUUACCUACCAGAGGACAUACACUUACUCACAGAUGUGGGCGAGAAAGAACUGCAUAUUAUUCCUAACAGCAAAAGACGCUCAACGCGAAAUACACCAGUCAAGACAGUAAGCAAGCACUUUGUCGAGCCCAAGAAAAGUAGACCUCAAUCCACAGUCAAUCCCGAAGACUUCUUUGGUAGCAAACCCGUUGAACGAGGUAGCAAGGUCAAAUCUGCACACAAAUCGGCCCAGAAAGGAGGAAAGUCCAAAACCGAUUCAACCAAAGCGGAAUUCGAUUCCGAAAAGGCUAAAGUAGAAGCCGAGAUGAUAGAUCUAGAUGGCGAUGAUGAUGCUGAGGUUAUUGCCCCCAAACGCAAGCGCGCGAAGUCGCCCACACCACCAGUAUCUGUUGCACCUGCCCCCGCUAAGAGGGCCAAGAAAGCGGGUGCACUUGCGGGGAAGACGUAUGUGAUCACUGGGAAGAUGAACACAUUCAGCAGCACCAGUGAUAUACGGGAUCUUGUUGAGGAGAAGGACGGGCGGUUGCUUGCAGAUACGAUGGACAACUUUGCUGUGGCACGGUACUGUGUGGUGGGUACAGACCCGGAUACAGCGAUGGUGAAGGUGGCGGAGGAGGCGCAGGUGGAAGUGAUCGACGAGUUUGUGCUGUGCAAGCAACUGGCUAUGCCGUCGCAGGCGAACAAGGCCAGGCGCAUGGUCAAGGAACACAACAAAGAGCGGGAGAAGGCGGAGAAGGCGUCGCGCAAGAUGAAGGUCGACAAGCCUGCCAAGCCGGCUGCGGUGGAUACGAUGGAUGUGGACGAACCAGAGCCCCCGAAGAAGAGUGGGUACCAGGUAAUGAUGGCCAGGGAGCCACCGAAUGCUCUAGGGUCCCGGGCUAUUCCAGCACUGAAGACCGGCUGUUUCAGUGGGUUGACGUUCUGCUUCUCUGGAGUUCUGGACACAAUUUCAAAACUCGAUUAUACCGAACUGGUUACUAGCCACGGGGGCAGAGUCACUGGCAGUGUUAGCGGCAAGACCUCGUAUCUGGUGAGCGGCAGAGAUGGUGGCGAGACAAAAGUCGCCAAAGCUAAGGAGGUUGGAUGCAAGGUAAUUGAUGAGGAUGGGUUCUAUGCACUAUUAGAUACACACAUGAGUAAAGAUCAAAGCAACGCAAAACCCGCACACGUGCUCACAGAGGAGGAGAAUGAGGCCAAGGCUGCGAGCAAACAGUCUCACUUCCGAGCCAUGAUGAACAGGGAGGGCCCCAAAGCAUUGGGCACUAGAGACAUUCCCACGUGCAAGGACAUGUGCUUUGUCGAUACGACCUUUGUAUUCUCCGGUAUCAUGGAUACCAUAUCCAGCGAUGAUGCGAAGGAGCUGGUGAAGCAGUACGGGGGAAGGUAA